GGACAGGUCCCGUUAGACCUUCUACUGCGGAAACUUCCGCCACGAGGGGAACCUUAUUGGCUUUGAGCAGCUUGCCCUGAUACUAGCUUCCAGGCAGUAAACCAUGGAUGCACGCGUCGCGAGAAUGUUGUGCUUCUCCGGAACAAUGGGCUGAUGACCUUAUGCACAUGCUAGAGCGGCACAUUACGGCGUUGCUUACGCUUCGUGUUCUUCAAUUAGCGUUUUUGCAUCUAGAGACACCGGAGUUAAUGAAACUAUAUAUAGUCAGCCUACUUCGUUCCAUGAAAACCCUUAAAUUCGACGACCUGAAAUCGUACAUGAAGAAUAACGGAUAAAAUCUUGGCGAGUCUACCUCUGCCCACUCUAGCUGAGCUCGUCCAAUUCUUUUGGUUUUAAAUAUCAGUCUCGAAACUAGUACCGGACUUUUUGCGAACGUUCUUACGAGAAUCAUGAUUGGAGAUUCUGCAGGGCUUGGUUUUGCUGAUUUCUCUUCUAGCAACGUGCACACCAAAGCCGCCAAGCCUCACAGCCCGUUGUCGAGCAUCAUUGAAAUCCGUCAGGAUCGAGAGGAGCUUGAUUUGCUCAUAGAUAUCAAAAGUGGGCUACGUGCUUCCGGACCUGGGAGAAAGACUCUACCAACUCUGCUUCUGUACGAUGAGCCAGGUUUAAAGCUCUUCGAGAAGAUUACCUUUCUCGACGAGUAUUACCUGACGAAUGCAGAGAUCGAAGUUUUACACAAAUGGGCAGGCAACAUUGCGGAUCGAAUCAGCCCAAACUCAAUUGUGCUGGAACUAGGUAGCGGCAACCUGAGAAAGAUCAAGAUCCUCUUGGACGCCUUUGAAGCAGCAAAGAAACCAGUGGAAUACUACGCCCUUGAUGUCUCCCGUGUUGAGCUUGAGAGAACACUUGCUGCAAUCCCAGUUGGUGCUUUCAAGCAUGUUAAGUGCUUUGGCCUUCAUGGAACCUACGAUGACGGUCUUCAAUGGCUUAAGUCAGAGCAGAUUGCCAAAAGAUCCAAGGCCAUACUUAGCAUGGGCUCGAGCAUUGGAAAUUUUGCCAGACAUGAGGCCGUGCGGUUUCUGAGAAGCUUUUCAGAUGUGCUGCAGACCAGCGACGUUCUCUUAAUUGGCAUUGAUGCUUGCAAGGAUCCUGACAAAGUUUUUCGCGCAUACAACGAUAGCCAAGGAGUAACACACGAAUUUGUCCUCAACGGUCUCCAGCAUGCGAACCAGCUGCUGGGUCACGACGCCUUUGACGUCGAGAAGUGGAGAGUAAUUGGCGAGUACGAUGAGGUUAAUGGGAAACACCACGCGUUUGUAUCACCUGUGCAGGAUAUGAACAUCGACGGGAUAUUAAUCAAGGCUGGGGAAAGAAUCCGCAUAGAAGAAAGCUUCAAAUAUGACUUGAUUGACAGAAGCAGGCUCUGGGAGGGCGCCGGCCUCAUCGAGGGUGCAUCCUGGACCAACGCUGAAGCAAACUACGGUCUACAUAUGGCAUACAAACCAAAAGUCCAGUUCUCCUCUAAACCAGAGGAAUAUGCAGCAUCCGCGGUGCCGACGCUCGCUGAAUGGAAGGACUUGUGGACCAUCUGGGAUUUGGUUACCCAGCAAAUGAUUCCAAAGGAGGAGCUGCUCGCUAAGCCAAUCAAAUUAAGAAAUGCGUGUAUAUUUUACCUGGGACAUAUACCAACGUUCUUAGCGAUUCAUCUCGAGAAAGCCUCAUGCGAAGGAGUGGCUGGAUUGCGCGACUACCAACGCAUUUUUGAACGAGGCAUUGAUCCGGAUGUCGAUAACCCAGAGCUGUGCCACGAUCAUAGUGAGAUACCAGAUGAAUGGCCGCCGGAGGUCGAGAUUUUAGCGUUCCAGAGCAAGGUCAGGGAUCAGGUGAAGCAAAUUUACGAUUCUAGAAUGCAUGAAUCGAGUCAUGCUAUUCGUAAGGCGCUUUGGAUUAGCUUUGAGCAUGAAGUUAUGCAUAUAGAGACCCUUCUUUACAUGCUUAUUCAAAGCGAGAAGACAUUGCCUCCUCCGGGGGUGAUCCACCCUGACUUUGAAGCACUGGCGUGCGAAGCGAAAGCGAAGACUGUUCCUAAUAAGUGGUUCACUGUACCAUCUCGCACGGUCACUUUGGGUCUCAACGACGACGACAAAGACACCACAACAAACAGAUAUUUCGGCUGGGAUAACGAAAAACCACAAAGAAGGGUGAAAGUCAAGUCGUUCUCUGCACAGGCCCGACCCAUCACGAACGGGGAAUAUGUGGAAUACCUGAAGGCCAUUGGUUCAGAGAAACUGCCCGCAUCUUGGUCGAGCACCAAGUCAACGCCAAAUGGUCAUUUUAACGGGCAUAUGAACGGCGACUCGAAUGGAGUAGCAAAUGCUGCUGUUAACGGUGAAAAUUUUGUUGAUGGAAAAGAAGUUAAGACCGUAUUUGGAUCCAUUCCACUCAAGCUAGCGCUCGACUGGCCGGUUAUGGCUUCCUACGACGAACUUUUGGGCUUCGCACAUUGGGCUGGUGGUCGAAUCCCCACGAUGGAGGAAGUAAAGAGCAUAUAUGAAUACGCUGAGGAGCUUAAGGUGAAAGACUUUGUGAAUGCACUGGGAGAGACCAUACCCGCGGUCAAUGGUCACCUCAUAAACGACGGUGUGGAAGAAACACCACCGCACCGCCAUUCAGCCAAUGGCGAGCCCAGCGCAUCUGUUGGUCCUUCCCCUCAUCGUCUUUUUGUUGACCUUGAAGAUGCGAAUGUUGGCUUCAAACACUGGCAUCCGCUGCCCGUAACUGCCCAUGGCGACAAUCUUGCAGGACAAGGUGAGCUCGGUGGUGUUUGGGAAUGGACUAGCACUGUGCUGGAAAAACAUGAGGGUUUUGAGCCCAUGCAGCUGUAUCCCGGCUACACAGCGGACUUCUUCGACAAGAAGCAUAACAUCGUUCUGGGUGGGUCCUGGGCUACUCACCCCCGAAUUGCAGGUCGCAGAUCCUUUGUCAACUGGUACCAGCGGAAUUAUCCUUUUGUUUGGGCGGGAGCACGCCUUGUGCGAGAUCUUUGAAAUGACCAUCGGUCAAGACGUGGCCAGAAGAAAAAAAAUAUCGGAGGGCAGCACUGGCGCCACGUUGGAGGGUUCGUCUAACUUUCUUAGCCUUAACGUCAGCCUUGUCGGUGCGUGGGCAAGCCUUGGUCUCGAAUCAUCUGCUGAACAAAAACUUCUCCGGGGAGGAUCCUUUGCGCAGAUUUCCCACUUUAUGACGCUCGUUAGAUAGCUCCUCGUGCAUGAAAUGAAUCCAACUCAAAAGUGUCGCCAA